UUUUCCUCUGCCCUCCACAGUGGGAGGAUCUCUGUGCGUUGAGUCACGCAGCUGUCAAAGAUAGCUGUCACCCAGUUCCAGGAUCAAACACACAGUCAAUGAGAAAAGGGCUUUGAGCCGAAGGGACGCAAGAGGUCUCAGGUAACCCCCUUCACCCCCCGUAACUAUCCAAACAAGGACGACCAGGAGAGGAAAAGAAAAAAGACUGGGAAAGAAGCGACUUUUGAUGAACAAGGAUUUUUCGAAUAUUCGGAUACACGCUGGAGAAAAGAAGAAGAAGAAGAAGAAGAAAAACACACACACAGCACUAACACAAAGGCAAUUUUCAUCCGCGCUUUACGAGGGGGAAAAAGUGGGCAUUUUCGGACGGAGAUGAAGACGAAAAAGGGUUUGAUGAUGCUGUCGGGGAGCGAGACGGACGACGAGGACAGCGUGGACACCCCCCUGGAUCUGUCAUCUAGCGCGGGGAGCAACGGGAAGAGGAAGCGGCGGGGAAAUCUGCCCAAAGAGUCGGUUCAGAUCCUCCGGGACUGGUUGUACGAGCACCGUUACAACGCUUACCCCUCUGAGCAGGAGAAAGCCCUCCUGUCCAAGCAGACUCAGCUCUCCACCCUACAGGUGUGCAACUGGUUCAUCAACGCACGGCGGCGGCUUCUUCCAGAGAUGCUGAGGAAAGAUGGCAAAGAUCCCAAUCAGUUCACCAUAUCCAGGAAAGGCAGCAAGGCUGGCGACAGCUUCUCUGACAGCUCCCAGUCCCCGAAACACAGCAGUCCUGCAGCAGGUACGGAGGAGAGCUACGACAAGCGCGUUCUCCACCCGUCCAGCUUCGAACCCGCCAUGCCCGGCGUUCUGAGGAAGGCGGUUUCUCCCUCCAUACCGUCUCCAACCUCCGUGUCCCCCUCCACAGGGCUCGUGCCCACCCGCCCUUCUGUCAUCUGUCACACCACUGUCACCGCAGCAAUGCAGGCCAGCCCGACAGCCUCCCACCCCUCUGUGCCGGGAAUGAACUGCGACAGGGCGGCUGAGCUGCUUCAGUCUGCGCAGGCGCUGCUCAGGUGCCGGGAUGAAGGGCCUGGCAACCAGCCACUCCCCGCCACUACCACCAUCCUCAGCAGCACCGGCAUGGAGGGCAACCUGAGCCCCCGCAGCGGGCUCUUCAACACCCCUCCCCCCACCCCUCCAGACCUCACACAAGACUUCAGCGGCUUCCAGCUCCUGGUGGAUGUGGCCCUCAAACGGGCUGCAGAGAUGGAGCUGCAAGCCAAACAGCUGGUCUCCUAAAGGGAGAAAGUGACAGAAGAGGAAGAAGACGAGGCAAUAGAGACUGAGUUUGUGUCUCAACUAUGGAACUCCUCCGAGUUUAGUGACUUGUCUGCACGCAACAGAGAACAAAUCCACAUGACAGCCUGAUCAUUUCUAUUUUUGGUAUACCAAUCAAAUUGAUGAGGAUGUUUUGGUUUUUUUUUUAUGGAAAAAAAAACUGUAUCGAGGUGCCUUGGCUGUUGUUUAUUCAUUUCACAUACAUGCGUAUGUAUCUACAUGUGUAUCUUAUUUGCACACAGGGACCAAAAAUGUUAUCAGAGAAAUGCUGCCUGUCUUAUGUCUUUCCAUAUUACUGUAUAUCAUUUUAGAGAACAGAGCAAGCGCUAGGAUCAGCCUUCUUUCACACACCAAUCAGACGGAUUGGUCGAAUCCACGCAUACUCGCAUCAGUUCACGAUUGGUCUGCCUUGUUAGUUUGCACACUAAAGGCAGAAGAAGGUCAUCUCAGUGUCGUACACAUACUUUGCUCUUGGCAUCUAUGACAAACUUAUUCACUACUGUAGUAAUGUUAUGUGUUUUCAUGAGUAUAAGUAUAGUUUUGAUUUUGUAAUUUACUUUUAGCUAUUUUAAAAGAAAAAAAACCUCUAUGCUUUUUUUUUUUUAUACUCUUUUUUUUUUUUUUUUCACCCACCAAGGGAUACUUCAGAUGACCAAUGUAGCAGGUUCUUAGUCUGAGCCUUCAUCCCAUCACUCAGUGAAAAACGACGGCCAGUGGACUGGAAAAUUAAACACUACAGAUGUCUUUUCUGCAUUUGCUGUUUUACAAACCUGACAAAGACAGCAUUUUUGAAAUCACCAAAAAAAAAAAAAAAGCAUUUUCAUGUAUAUUAAGACCAUAUGUACAGUCAAUGUGACACGAUGCCCAAUGAUGUGAUUUCUUUUCAUACUGUGCAAUGUUUGUGGCAAAUAGGGGUCACAUGGGAUUCAAAUAAAGUUUUGUUUUUCUACA